CGCACAAGCAAGAUAGCCUCUAGAACAGGAUUGUUAGGCAUGGGUGAAGUUGGAUUUGUCGCUAGUAGGAUUCCUUCUGCUGGCGAUGCCGGCGACGACGAGGAUGCGACAUGCCUGCACGCACAAACACUUGUCUACGCCUACAAUGUCACCAUGAUCGUCAAGGCGGCAGUCGAGCUCGGCCUCCUCGACGCACUCAGCGCAGCUGACGGCCGCGCGCUUACCGCCGGCGAGCUAGCCUCUCAAAUAGUCCAGGCCACGGACAAGGCCGAGUCGGCUGUCUUAAUCGACCGGAUGCUCAGGUUCCUCGCGUCGUACGACGUGGUGAGGUGCUCGACUGAGACAGGUCCCGACGGUAUGGCGCUUCGGCGGUACACGCCCGCGCCGGCAUGCUGGUGGCUCACCAAGAACCAAGGUAAGGGGUCGCUGGGCCCCUUGGCCGUAUUCGCCGUCGACGGGGACACCUUCUCGUCCUGGCAACACAUAGCGGCGGCGGUGGCUGGCGGCGGCAAGCAGACGCCAUUCGAGAUUGCCCACGGGGCGCCGAUCUUCGAGUACAUGGGGAUGAACCAUCGGCUGAGCACACUGUUCGACCAGGCCAUGGCACAGCAGUCAAUGCUGGUUAUCAGCAAGCUGCUCGAGCACCCCCAAGUGUUCGACGGCGUCGGCGUGCUUGUCGACGUUGGCGGGGGCACCGGUGCCACCCUGGCGAUGAUCGCAAACCGGUACAAGCACAUCAGGGGCAUCAACUUUGACAUGUCCCAUGUCAUCUCUGAAGCUCCAUCGCUUCCAGGCGUGGAACAUGUAGCUGGAAGUUGGUUUGAUAGCAUACCCACUGGAGAUGCAGUUUUUAUGAAGUGGAUCCUCCAUAUGCAAAACGACGAGGACUGCAUCAAGAUCCUGAAGAACUGCCACCGAGCUCUCCCGGACAAGGGGAAGGUGAUUGUCGUGCAGAGCAUCCUGCCGGAAACCCCGGAGUCGACACCAGCUGCACGGGAUUCCUUCACCAUGGAUAUAAUCAUGCUUGUCAACUUCAAUGGUGGGAAGGACAGGACGGAGCAGGAGUACGCCAAGCUUGCCAGGGAUGCUGGCUUCGCGGGCGCCUUCCGGUCAACCUAUAUAUUCUGCAACAUUUACGCUCUCGAGUUUACCAAGUAGCUAUACUUGUCAUGAAUAAGAGCUACUAGCUCACCUGCGUACGUAUGAUAUGUUUGUAUUCUCGAAUAAGCCAUAAAUUUGUAUAUGGCAUCUAUCUAUCUAUCUAUCUAUCAAUCUAUCAAUCUAGGACUCAUUGUUUGGUUUCU